AUGGAUCCAGUUGGCUUCGCCGUGAGCAGCACGCCAGACCUCAGCAGCAGCACCGUGACCAUCACGAUCAUCACCGGCUCCGACUUGGGCGUCUUGGAGCUCCACAGCAACAACACCACAGACACCACCGCGAUAUUCUUCGGCAGGGGCUCGGAGGGCCAGGCGGAGGACGAUGAGUUUUCGGCCGCGGACCUCGAAAAGUGGAUGGUCAUCAAGAAGCGCGCAGGCCACAAAAGCCGCAGGCCACCUUGCAAGGCGCACGCCGACAGCCGCGACGUGCUGACGCCGGAGGAGAUGGUGCAGCUGCGUCAAGAGUUUGUGGAGGAGCUCGCGAACCCUGCUUUGGCCAAGGAGAGAAAAAUUGCAAAGGCAAAGGCUAGGCACCACGCGGGGUGGAAACCUCCGGAGGCGCCGCAAUCUCAGGAGGAGUACCGCUUUGAUUUCGGGAAACAUUCUGGUUCCACCUUGAGGAGUGUGCUUCAGGAGGACCCUGGCUACCUUGAUCGGUUGAUGAGUUGGAGGAACAACAUCCUGGACCAGAAGCUGACAUUGAGGUGUGCUCUUGAGAAGGAGGGCCUCCUCGAGGGGCUCCUGGCGAAGAGGCCCCAGCUGAUGGUCGAGAGAGCGCGGGGGAUGAUCGCGAAGGCGGCGGAGGACAAGGACAAGCCCCUGCAUCCGGAAAUCGCCAAGUUGCGGGUCGCGCAGCACAUCGAGGCCACCGAAAUCUUGGCCAUGCAUUCCAGCGAGACUGCCGUGGCGGCGCUUGCAGCGCCCCCGCGGGACCAGCAGCAGAAGAGAAAACGAGUGUCGGCAGCCAGGUACCUUCUCCCGCACUGUUCCAGAUGUGGGAGCGUGGAGCACAAGCGGCCGCAGUGCCCGAACAAAUCGCUGCAGGGCGAGGUCGUGGAGGACUGCCGCAGCCAGGCCGUCGUGGAUUACAUGCGGAACCGCCGAUCUGCUGCACUUGUCGCCAGGCUGAAGUACGCGCAAAUAUCUAUCAGAACGCGGGAGUACGAAGAGAGGGCGAAGAAGAUGGCGAGGGCCCCGAUUGACACGGACUUUGUGCAAAUGGCACGGUGGUCCCCAGAAGAGUUCGUCCACUACCUCGUGUCCGCUGGCAUUUUGCACGACUUGAAAGGGACGCCGUGCCCGCGAGGGAAGUGCCAAUCCUCCAAGAAGUCGAGCUUCCUCGAGGGCGCCGAGAAGGAGCUGGGCCAAUUGCGAUGCAAUGCUGAAAAGGGGCAGGAUAUUAUCAUUGAGACUGCGUGGCACGCGUGUGGCGUGUGCCGCGUGCACCAAUCCGUGGCUCUGCACAAUCCGUUGUUCUCUGGCCUGCUUGGGAAGGGCAGCAAGGGCGUGUCGAUGUGCGUGAUGGCGUGGUGGCUAGCCGCUGAAGGGGUCCCUGAGUCGGUGGCAGUGCGGCAGCUCAAUAUCCAUGAGGGCGUCGUGCAAGGGGAGAGGGGCGACGCCUGCCGCCCCGCGUGGGCGCGGUGGAUUCAGUGGGGCACCGGCUCUUCUCGAACGGUCGAGGUGGAGGUCGAUGCCACGGUCAUUUGCAAGUGGAAAGCCGAGGAGAACGCCGAGCUGACGCAUUCAUAUUACUGUUACAUUGGCAUUCGCCAGCGAGGUAGCACGUCCCACUUCGCCAUGAUGCCGCUGGGCGGCCGCGUGGCCCCCGAAUCGUCCGAGGCGUAUCACGCUUUCUGCAAGGAGAUCCUUGGCGACCGCAAGUACAAUCUGCUGCUCAUGACAGACGGCGCGGGCUGCUACAAGUGCCGCUGCUCGGAUUGCGUCGUGCGGUUCGAGGAGCACCACAGCGUGAACCACUCCAGGAAGCCGAAGGCCGAGUUUUCCCGGCCCAUCCCCGCGGUCGUCGCCGACGUCGACACGGGCCACACGAGGGGAUCUAUGGCUGGCACGAUGACGAUCGACAAAGAAUGGGAUCUUCUCAAGGAGCCUUUGCCACGGAACCUGACUGCCCGCACUGUGGAGGACGUCGAUAGGACGGACGGCUACGUGAGGCACCCGCACGCCAUCGCGACGGGCAUGCCGACGGCCGCGGCCCCGAGCAUCGUGACGGGCAGGGUGCCGUGGGUGCCCCCAUGGCCGCUCCCGCCGCCGCCAGCCUGGCACGCGGGCGCCCUGUGGGGCGAUCGGUAUCCUGAGCGCCAGGGCAGCGCUCCCGUGUGCGGCCGGCAUGCCUUGAACAAUUUGUUGGGGGCGCCGCAGUUCUCGGACGGCGACUUGGAGGUGGCACGCGGCAUUGUGGUGGCUCAGACAGAUGAUCCCCCCGACCUUCACGUGAGCGAUGGAGGAUGGUACUCCCACUCCGUGCUGGCGACUGCAUUCACGAGCAGCGACGACAUGUUGGGGGCGCUGGUGAACCAUAACAACGUCCAUUGGUCGGCUAUCCAG